AUGACAUCUCUCCAUGUUGGGUUGAACUGAGCUGAUGGUGGGAUGAUAGAGUGCCCAUACCGUCACUGCAAGACACGUCGGUUGACGUGCAAGUACUUCCUCGCCGGAACUUGCAAGAACGGGAGCGGUUGCAUGUACUCCCACGGGGGACACAACCACCUCAAGGGCUACAAUGCCAUGGCGCCAAUCGGGAACGCCGAGUACUGCUCCGACGCGCGUGAGCUGACCUCUGGAGACCACCAGGUCCCCAUGUCAACCUUCAAGGAAGCCACCGCCGAGAAGGAGAGUGCGGAGAGGCUACUCGCCGAGGCAAGAGCCAAGGUGGUAGCCUACCAGCAGGCCCGAAAGGCUGCCUCUCCCCCCGCCACUCUCGCCGAGGCUGAGCUCAGGGCGAGGGCGUUGGCGUCGAUGACGCCCAAGGUCCUAUCUCCCUCCUCCUCCCCCAAGGCCGAGCCUGCCUCAGUCCGUGCCGCCACCCCGCCUAGGGCCGAGCCCGUCGAGGAUCCCCUCCCGACCACCUCUAGAAAGAGGGGCAGGGAGGAGGACUCCGACUCGGGUGAGGCCGCCAACAAGAAGGCGAAGCUUCCGGAGAUGCCGGCGGGACCCGAGAAGCCGGCUGGCCCCGAGAACUGGGAGUACGCCGCGGUCGUGGUGAUCCCUGAGAUCACCUAUCGCUGGGACGAGGACCAGGCCGACUACGAGCUGAGUGAAAACGAGGCCUAAGGGCCGGAGGAGUAGUUCGGGGGCUGUGUGAGUUUGUACCAUAGGAGAUACCUUUACCCUUACUAUGAUCGCGUCUUUUAAUAUCUUUUUUGUUCUUUUUUUUCUUUCCUUAAGCGAGGUUCUGGAGUUUGGGCAGGCUGUUUUGGUGUCGAUAUUUUGGCUGGCGUUGU